UAAUUCAGACCGACUUCCACUUCCUGUUUAACUUCGAUUCAGAAAUGGCUGAUGUUUUAGAUGUCCAAGAACCGGCAGAAGAGUUUGAAGUCGACGAAGAAGGAGAUCAAGGACUUCAGAAACUAAAAGAAAAAGCUAAGAAAAGAAAAGGAAGAGGUUUCGGCGCAGAUGGCCAGACUAAAAGUGGUGUGGAGGAUUAUGAGGUGAUGGAUGUUGAUGAUGAUGGGGGACCUGGACCGCAACGCUCUGUUGAAGGAUGGAUUCUCUUCAUUACUGGCGUCCAUGAAGAAGCACAGGAAGAUGAUGUCUAUGAAAUAUUUGCUAAUUAUGGAGAAAUAAAGAAUCUGAAUGUCAACCUGGAUCGAAGAACAGGUUUCAUUAAGGGUUAUGCUCUCGUUGAAUAUGAAACAUUCAAAGAAGCUCAAAGCGCAAUGGAUGCCCUGAAUGGAUCUGAUAUGCUUGGACAGAAAAUAAACGUUGACUGGUGUUUUGUGCGUGGACCAAGGAAAAGCAGUCGGAGCCGGCGUGACCGAGAUAGGGACCGAGGAGACAGAGAAGACAGACGAAGGCGCUGAUGGGAAAAAUUAUUUUGUAUCAAAAUCCUUUCAUUAUUUUUUACUAUUGUUGGAGUGUGGGAGUGGGGUGGGAUUCAUCUUCAUUUUAAUAAACAACUAAAACAAUUCAA